CCCCUGGGAGGGGAAGGGGGCAGGCGGCGAGGCUCGGGGUCGGCGGAGGGAUGGUGUGCGGUCGGUGGGAAGGGGCGAGCCCUGCCUGUCGUUGGUGAGGGGCUGCGGGCAGGGGAAGCUCCGCGGGUCAAAGCGGCUCCAUGCCCACUGGUGGGUGGAACGUGUGGAGCGGGACGCGGAGGUCAAGCCUGACGGCCGCUCGCAACCCUUAACGUGGUAUCUAACGUGGGAUUUCAUUUAGCCCACGGUAGGAUUAAUUCAUUGGGGGCAGCCUCGCUGGUCUGGCUCCUCCAGGAGCUGGGCAACCUUGACGGGCUUUUUGUCUUGCUGCUCCAACCCCUUCUCCCUUCCUCCUCCUCCUCCUCCAGAUGCCUUUUCUCUGCCCCUCCUUGCCCGGUACAGACAUUUCCAGGGCAGGCUGCUGCUCGUGGCUGCUGUCGAAACCACUUCUCGGGAUUUCGGCUCGUUUCCCUCUGGGGUGUUUUUUGAGGAGGGAGAGUUUUUCUCCCCUCCACGAUGGGAUUUUCUUCCCGUGCCAAAAUGGACUUUCAUUGAUUUCUACUUACUUCUUCAACGUUUAGUGACCAAUUCCCUAGGGUUAUUUUUGUGGUAGUUCCUUUUUUCAAGUACAUUCUCUGUAAAAUGGAGAACGAGAUUUUUACUCCCCUUCUGGAGCAGUUCAUGACCAGCCCCUUGGUCACUUGGGUUAAAACGUUUGGACCUCUGGCUGCAGGAAAUGGGACCAACCUGGAUGAAUAUGUGGCUUUGGUGGAUGGGGUGUUCUUGAACCAAGUCAUGCUCCAAAUUAAUCCUAAAUCGGAGAGUCAGAGAGUAAAUAAAAAAGUCAACAAUGAUGCCUCACUUAGAAUUCAUAAUCUAUCCAUUUUGGUGAGACAGAUAAAAUUUUAUUACCAGGAGACUUUGCAGCAGUUGAUCAUGAUGUCUUUGCCAAAUGUCUUAAUCAUUGGCAAAAAUCCCUUUUCUGAACAAGGUACAGAAGAAGUUAAAAAGUUGCUUUUACUUUUACUGGGUUGCGCAGUUCAGUGUCAGAAAAAAGAAGAAUUUAUUGAAAGAAUUCAAGGUUUAGAUUUUGAUACAAAAGCAGCAGUUGCCGCACAUAUUCAAGAGGUAACCCAUAAUCAGGAAAAUGUGUUUGAUCUACAAUGGAUGGAAGUGACUGACAUGUCUCAGGAGGAAAUAGAACCACUCUUAAAAAACAUGGUAUUGCAUCUAAAAAGACUUAUAGAUGAGAGAGAUGAACAUUCGGAGACUAUCGUUGAACUCUCUGAAGAGCGGGAUGGUCUUCAUUUUCCACCCCAUGCCUCUUCAUCUGCACAGUCACCUUGUGGUUCUCCAGGCAUGAAGCGAACGGAAAGUCGACAACAUCUGUCCGUGGAACUGGCAGAUGCUAAGGCCAAGAUAAGAAGGCUUAGGCAGGAAUUGGAGGAAAAGACUGAACAGUUGUUGGACUGUAAACAAGAACUUGAGCAAAUGGAAAUAGAACUAAAAAGGCUGCAACAAGAGAACAUGAAUUUGCUUUCGGAUGCUCGUUCUGCAAGAAUGUAUCGAGAUGAAUUAGAUGCGCUUCGGGAGAAGGCUGUCAGAGUUGAUAAGCUUGAAAGUGAAGUUAGCAGAUACAAAGAGAGGCUACAUGAUAUUGAAUUUUAUAAGGCAAGAGUUGAGGAAUUAAAAGAAGACAAUCAAGUUUUAUUAGAAACAAAAACCAUGUUGGAAGACCAAUUAGAAGGAACUCGAGCUCGUUCUGAUAAAUUACAUGAAUUAGAGAAAGAAAAUUUACAACUGAAGGCUAAACUGCAUGAUAUGGAAAUGGAGCGUGAUAUGGAUAGAAAAAAAAUUGAAGAAUUAAUGGAAGAAAAUAUGACUUUGGAAAUGGCACAGAAACAAAGUAUGGAUGAAUCAUUACAUCUUGGCUGGGAGCUGGAACAAAUAUCCAGAACUAGUGAACUUUCUGAAGCACCACAAAAAUCCUUGGGCCAUGAGGUAAAUGAAUUGACAUCAAGUAGGUUGUUGAAGUUGGAGAUGGAAAAUCAGAGUUUGACAAAAACUGUAGAAGAGCUUCGGAGUACUAUGGAUUCUGCAGAAGGCACCACUUCCAAAAUCCUGAAAAUUGAAAAAGAAAAUCAAAGACUAAGUAAGAAGGUUGAAAUUCUUGAAAAUGAGAUUAUUCAAGAAAAGCAAAGUCUUCAGAAUUGUCAGAAUUUAAGCAAGGAUCUAAUGAAGGAGAAAGCUCAGCUUGAAAAAACAAUUGAAACACUUAGAGAAAAUUCAGAGAGACAGAUUAAAAUAUUGGAACAGGAAAAUGAACAUCUGAAUCAAACUGUGUCCUCCUUAAGGCAGCGCUCCCAGAUAAGUGCUGAAGCAAGGGUGAAAGACAUUGAAAAAGAAAAUAAAAUUCUCCAUGAAUCUAUCAAGGAAACCAGUAGCAAGCUAAGCAAGAUUGAAUUUGAAAAAAGGCAAAUCAGAAAAGAAUUGGAACAUUAUAAAGAAAAAGGAGAACGAGCAGAAGAACUUGAAAAUGAGUUACAUCAUCUUGAAAAAGAAAAUGAAUUGUUACAGAAAAAGAUAACCAAUUUAAAAAUUACUUGUGAAAAAAUUGAGGCCUUAGAACAAGAAAAUUCAGAGCUAGAAAGAGAAAAUAGGAAAUUUAAAAAAACAUUGGAUAGCUUUAAAAACCUUACUUUUCAGUUAGAAUCCCUAGAGAAAGAGAAUUCCCAGCUUGAUGAGGAAAACUUAGAACUGCGAAGGAAUGUAGAAUCUUUGAAGUGUGCAAGCAUGAAAAUGGCUCAGCUACAACUAGAAAACAAAGAACUGGAAAGUGAAAAAGAACAACUUAAGAAAGGUUUAGAGCUCAUGAAAGCAUCUUUCAAGAAAACAGAACGCUUAGAGGUUAGCUACCAGGGUUUAGAUACAGAAAAUCAAAGGCUACAGAAAGCUCUAGAAAACAGCAAUAAAAAAAUUCAGCAGUUGGAAAGUGAACUACAAGACCUAGAGAUGGAAAAUCAAACAUUGCAAAAAAACCUAGAAGAGUUAAAAAUAUCUAGCAAAAGACUAGAACAGCUAGAAAAAGAGAACAAAUCAUUAGAACAAGAGACUUCUCAACUGGAAAAGGAUAAGAAACAACUGGAGAAGGAAAAUAAGAGACUCCGACAACAAGCAGAAAUAAAAGAUACCACAUUAGAAGAAAAUAAUGUGAAAAUUGGAAAUUUGGAAAAAGAAAACAAAACCCUUUUCAAAGAGAUUGGUAUUUAUAAAGAAUCCUGCAUUCGUCUGAAAGAAUUAGAGAAAGAAAAUAAGGAGCUUGUGAAAAGAGCAACUAUUGAUAUAAAAACUUUAGUUACAUUACGAGAGGAUUUGGUGAGUGAAAAACUGAAGACUCAACAAAUGAAUAAUGAUCUUGAAAAAUUAACUCAUGAGCUUGAGAAGAUAGGGUUAAAUAAAGAGCGACUCUUACAUGAUGAGCAGAGUACUGAUGACAGAUACAAACUUUUGGAAUCAAAAUUAGAAUCUACUCUAAAGAAGUCCCUUGAAAUAAAAGAAGAAAAAAUCGCUGCAUUAGAAGCUCGAUUAGAAGAGUCCACAAAUUAUAACCAGCAGUUGCGCCAAGAACUUAAAACAGUGAAAAAGAAUUAUGAAGCUCUCAAGCAGAGACAAGAUGAGGAAAGGAUGGUACAGAGCUCUCCUCCAAUUUCUGGUGAAGAUAACAAAUGGGAGCGAGAAAGUCAAGAAACAACCAGAGAGCUUCUGAAAGUUAAAGACAGAUUAAUUGAAGUUGAAAGAAAUAAUGCUACACUGCAAGCAGAGAAGCAAGCAUUGAAAACUCAACUGAAGCAACUUGAGACACAGAACAAUAAUUUGCAGGCUCAGAUUCUUGCACUUCAGAGGCAGACAGUAUCAUUACAGGAGCAGAAUACCACUCUUCAAACACAGAAUGCCAAGCUUCAGGUUGAAAAUUCCACUCUUAAUUCCCAAAGUACCUCACUUAUGAACCAGAAUGCACAACUCCUAAUCCAGCAGUCUUCCUUAGAAAAUGAAAAUGAAUCUGUAAUCAAAGAGCGAGAAGACCUGAAAUCUCUCUAUGAUUCUCUCAUCAAAGAUCAUGAAAAGCUGGAACUUCUGCAUGAACGACAGGCUUCAGAGUAUGAGUCUCUCAUUGCUAAACAUGGAACUCUAAAGUCUGCCCACAAAAAUCUUGAGGUGGAACAUAAAGACCUGGAAGAUCGUUACAAUCAGUUACUAAAACAGAAAGGACAAUUGGAAGAUUUGGAAAAAACACUGAAGGUAGAACAGGAAAAAAUGCUGCUUAAAAACAAAAACCAUGAGACUGUAGCUGCAGAAUACAAGAAACUUUGUGGUGAAAAUGAUAGGUUGAAUCAUACAUAUAAUCAGCUUUUAAAAGAGACUGAAGUUUUACAAACUGACCAUAAAAACUUGAAAAGUCUUCUGAAUAGUUCCAGACUGGAACAAACAAAAUUAGAAGCUGAAUUUUCAAAGUUAAAGGAACAAUACCAACAACUGGACAUCACAUCCACCAAGCUAAAUAACCAGUGUGAGUUGCUAAGCCAACUUAAAGGAAAUUUAGAAGAGGAAAAUCGACAUCUACUAGAUCAAAUUCAGACAUUAAUGCUACAGAACAGAACACUAUUGGAGCAGAAUAUGGAAAGCAAGGAUCUUUUUCAUGUUGAACAAAGACAGUACAUUGAUAAGUUAAAUGAAUUAAGACGACAAAAGGAGAAAUUAGAAGAGAAAAUUAUGGAUCAAUACAAAUUUUAUGACCCAUCUCCUCCUAGAAGGAGAGGCAACUGGAUUACUCUAAAAAUGAGAAAAUUGAUAAAGUCUAAGAAAGACAUUAAUCGGGAGCGUCAGAAAUCACUAACAUUAACACCAACCCGCUCAGACUCCAGUGAAGGAUUUCUUCAGCUCCCCCAUCAAGAUAGUCAAGAUAGUUCUUCAGUAGGUUCAAACUCUUUAGAAGAUGGCCAAACUCUGGGGACCAAGAAAAGCAGCAUGGUUGCACUGAAAAGACUGCCCUUUUUGAGGAACAGACCGAAGGAUAAAGACAAAAUGAAGGCCUGCUACCGUCGUUCCAUGUCCAUGAAUGACCUGGUGCAGUCCAUGGUCCUAGCAGGAGGACAGUGGACAGGUAGUACUGAGAAUUUGGAGGUUCCUGAUGAUAUUUCAACGGGUAAAAGGAGAAAAGAAUUGGGAGCUAUGGCCUUCUCUACUACAGCCAUCAACUUUUCAACUGUCAACUCUUCUACAGGCUUCAGAUCCAAGCAGUUGGUUAAUAAUAAAGAUACUACAUCCUUUGAAGACGUAAGUCCACAAGGUAUUAGUGAUGAUUCUAGUACGGGAUCAAGAGUUCAUGGAAUACAGGACAUUAACUGUGCAGAUGCUCAUAUUCCUCCUGUUCGUGGCAUCUCUGCAAUGUGCAGGGUUCCUUGUCUGAUCUGUUCUUCGAGACCAGCCAGCCUUGAUAGUGGCAGAACAUCCACUAGCAAUAGCAAUAAUAAUGCUUCACUCCAUGAAGUCAAAGCAGGUGCAGUUAAUAUCCAAAGCAGGCCACAAAGCCACAGCAGUGGAGAAUUUAGCCUGCUUCAUGAGCAUGAGGCGUGGUCCAGCAGUGGUAGCAGUCCAGUCCAAUACUUGAAAAGACAGCCCAAAUCAAGUCCAGUGCUCCAGCACAAAACACUAGAGAGUCGAGCACAUCACAAGGUCAAAACUGGUUCCCCUGGAAGUGAAGUUGUUACUCUACAACAGUUUUUGGAAGAAAGCAACAAGCUUACCUCAAUACAGAUAAAGCCCUCAAGUCAAGAGAAUCUUUUAGAUGAAGUAAUGAAAAGUUUGUCUGUCUCUUCUGACUUUUUGGGAAAAACCAAACCAGUUAGCUGUGGUCUGGCCAGGUCAGUAAGUGGAAAAACUCCAGGAGACUUCUAUGAUAGACGGACAACUAAGCCUGAACAAUUUGUGAGACCUGGUCCUCAAAAGACUGAAGAUACCUAUUUCAUUAGUUCUUCCGGAAAGCCUACACUAGGCACUCAAGGAAAGAUAAAAGUAGUAAAAGAAACUUCUCUGACACGACAAUCAAAAGAUAGUAAUCCCUAUGCCACUUUACCUCGCGCAAGCAGUGUGAUCUCUACUGCUGAAGGAACUACUCGAAGGACAAGCAUCCAUGAUUUUUUGACCAAGGACAGUAGACUACCUAUGUCAGUUGAUUCACCACCAGCUACUGCUGAUAGCAGCAUCACUGCAACAUCUAAUGUGGACAAAGUACAAGAAAGCAGAAAUUCAAAAAGCAGGUCUAGGGAGCAACAAAGCUCCUAAUUCUAUUACCCACUACAUGACAUGUGGGCCAAGUGGCCAGUAACACUGCUGUGUUCAUAGUCUACUUUCAGAAAGACCAUUAAUGAAAAGAAAUACAGCAUGUAUAGUUGAAAAGAAACUGAAAUGGAAGUUAGAGAACCUGGACUUCGUAAUGCCACCAUUAACUUAGGUUUUGCCACCAAAUAAUGCUGUACAGUUAAAUCACUUUUAAACCCUUGGAUGAAAGGUGCUAUGUAAAUGUAAAUACAAAGGAUUCUUACUAAAAUACACAUAUUGCACAACAGACAUAUUUAAAACCUAUUCUCUAGACUUUGAAACAUGUCUCCAUCAUGACUCCCUAGAUUCAAGUAUCAGAUUGAUAAUGAGUAUCAUGGCAGUCUAGAGACACUUGCAUGUAAAAAAUGUAAAUUCAUCUUUAGAUGGAUAAAUUGAAAGUAAAUAUAGAAGUUAUGUUUUAGCUAAAUACAGGAAGUGGGUAACUUAGAUUUAUAUUAACUAGCAUCUAAUUUGCACAACUAGGACACAUUCCAGGACAUUUACUGAAAGUUUAAAUUUAAUGAGUAGGAGGUAGCCCAGUGAGGGUAUAUGAUAUCACAGCUUGGUCUCUACAGGACGCUAAUAUCCUAAAAUAGAGAACGUGCUGACUGAGGCAGCACAUUACUGCUUCAAUUAGAAAAUGCUUAAGGGUAGCCUAUAAAGUACUAAACCUGAGUGGGCUGACCCUGAGAAAAUGCAGCAAGACAACCAAGAGAAUACUUGAGACUGCAAAAGUGGAAUAUUCUCAAUUAUAUUAAUCACCAUUUUCAUACCAUUUCAAGUAAGAAUUAGAUAACCACAUGAAUAUUUUACCAUCUCCAAAAGAUACCAUAAGAAGCAAACUUAGUAUGAAGUCAUGCUUUUCGCUUAGAUAAACUACUUCUGCCAAACAAAAUAGUGUAGCCAACUAGAAACUAACUGGGGCCACUUUCCGGACUGGGGCCUGACAUGCUUUUAAUGAUCUGGCUCUAUUUUAAAUCAAUACCCAAACCCCCUCGGAAACUAAAGAAUUUAUAUACAGGGUAAUAGCUUCGGCCCAGAGCUCCAAUAAAAUGCUUCAGAUCUGGCAAUGUGGAAGUGUUCGGUCCAAGUUUUUGAACUGGUGGUUACCAAAGAGUACACAAAACAGGUUUGUAUGUAGCACCUUUCAUGCAAGGCAUGGUAAAAGCCUAUUUAAAAAUCACUGUGCAUAUUACAGAAUUGUAGCCACCUCAAAAUGAAGCAUUACAGCCUGCACUGUCUUAAAAUUUUAUGUCAGGAAGUGAAAAAGAUAUUGUACCAAAUCUGGAAUUACAAUGAGGAGUAAUAAUGUAUGCUAAAUGACUUUUGUAUUUUAAGUUACUUUUUAUGAGAAAAGUGAAUUUUUGUGUUUUCUGCUACACUUAGUCCUGAGAUGUAUUUUUUUCUUUAAGACUUGAAUGAAUAAUACAAAAGGAGCCCAUUUUAUAAUAUAAACCUUGAUGUACAUGUUGAGAUAUUUGGACAAUGAAAAUGCCUUAAAAGGAAUGCUUAUGGAUAAAGUUGCACUUACAACACCCUUUAACAAAACGUGAUUUCAAAUUGUCUUUUUCUUUUCUACUAAGGGUUCUCUCUUUCAGUGUUUGCCAUUGUACUUGUAACUGUUAUUAAAUAUCAAAUCCAAUAAUAUAAAAGAUGUAACAUUUCCUUUAAAAGUAAUGCUAUUGAGAAAUUUGGAGUUGAAUGGCAAAAUGUUUAUUACUUGGCUAUACCUAAUAUAAGCCACAGUUCAUAACAAAAAAUCCAGUUUAUAACAAAGUAGAUACCAUCAUUUGGCCGAUUUGUGUUUUUUAAAAACAUUCAUUAUUUUUCAUUUUAGUUUUUAACUUUAUUUCUCCUAAAAAAAUUAAGUUGGCUUAACAUUCACUUGUUAAACUGAUAUAACAAGAGGUGAAUUUUAAACUAAUAUAAAAAGAGGUGAUUUUUAUGACAAGUGGUCAGCAAUCAUAACAUAUAAUUUAGCCAAGUAUUAUUCUUUCCCUUUGCCCUAUAGAAAACCUAUUUUAUGUGUUUCAUAACAUAUAACCUUGUUUAGAUGAUUCUGUCCUAAUCACUUUGGGAUGAGUAUUGGAGGUUUUGGGAGAGAACUGAGAGUCUAUCAGUUUUGUCAACCUCAAAAUAGGUUUAAAUACAAUAAUAGAUUGUACAAAUCAGUCUCUUUCAUUUUCACAUCUAGACUUUGGGAGGCGUAACGUUAGAGUUGGCAACCUGCCUUGUGUCCUUGGGCAGGUCAGUCUUUCUGGGCCUGUUUUCACCAUAAGGUGGGGAGGACAGUUAGACCAGUUAUCUAAGGUCCUUGGUGUCUUUGAUUCUAUUCAUUAAACCUUAAUUUUAUAUGCAAAGCAACCUAAAAUUUCCUCUUUCUUAGAGAUAUGGUACAGAGUAGGCAAAAACUAACAUAGCACUUUCUUAGAGAUAUGGUACAGAGUAGGCAAAAACUAACAUAGCACCUCAGAAAUAAGGU